CAAAAUUGUUAAGGGACAGACUUUGCUGCUGCUACAGCUUAGAAGAGAACAAGCUGCUCUGCUCUGCUCGAUCGUGCAGUCAUCAAGUAGAAGAAAUUUGAGUUGAAAGAAAUUGAGGAACACAGCAAACUAGCAAGCAUCUGGUGCAAUGGGAGACAAUAGUGGUGAUGAAUAUGUGUCAGUUGGUGCAGUACCUCCUCCUAGGGUAGAUAACUUCAAAAAAGUUUCUCUUUUGCCUCUUGUAUUCCUCAUAUUCUACGAGGUUUCUGGGGGACCAUUUGGGGUUGAGGAUACUGUUGGAGCUGCUGGUCCUCUUUUAGCCCUUCUAGGCUUCUUGAUCUUCCCAUUCAUAUGGAGUAUUCCUGAAGCAUUAAUAACUGCCGAGAUGGGUACCAUGUUUCCUGAGAACAGUGGUUAUGUGGUUUGGGUUUCGACUGCAUUGGGUCCUUAUUGGGGAUUUCAACAAGGCUGGGUGAAAUGGCUAAGUGGGGUUAUUGAUAAUGCACUCUACCCAGCUUUAUUUCUUGAUUAUUUGAAGUCAGCAAUCCCGGCUUUAGGUAGUGGUUUACCAAGAAUCCUAGCUGUGUUAGCUUUGACUGUUGUCCUCACUUACAUGAACUAUAGGGGGUUAACCAUUGUGGGAUGGCUUGCUGUUCUUUUAGGGAUUCUCUCAAUUCUUCCUUUUGUAGUUAUGGGGCUUGUGGCGAUUCCAAAGUUGGAGCCUUCUAGAUGGUUAGAGGUAAAUCUACGUGAUGUGGACUGGAAUUUAUAUUUAAACACUUUAUUUUGGAAUCUUAAUUAUUGGGACUCAAUAAGCACACUUAUUGGCGAGGUGGACAACCCAAAGACAACUCUUCCAAACGCUUUGCUUUAUGCUCUGAUAUUGGUAGUUCUUGGAUAUUUCUUCCCUCUUUUAAUUGGUAUAGGCGCUGUUCCAGUCAACCGGGAGUUGUGGACUGAUGGGUAUUUCUCAGACAUUGCUAAAAUUAUUGGGGGAGUUUGGUUGAGAUGGUGGAUCCAAGGAGCUUCAGCAGUGUCAAAUAUGGGGAUGUUUGUAGCUGAGAUGAGUAGUGACUCUUUUCAACUUUUGGGUAUGGCAGAACGGGGUAUGCUACCUGAGUUCUUCGGCAAGAGGUCUCGUUAUGGAACUCCAUUGAUAGGGAUUUUAUUCUCAGCUUCUGGCGUGUUCUUGCUAUCAUGGCUAAGCUUCCAAGAGAUUGUAGCAGCGGAGAAUUUCUUGUACUGUUUUGGAAUGAUUUUGGAAUUCAUAGCAUUUGUAUGGUUACGAGUAAAACAUCCCACUGCAUAUCGGCCUUACAAGAUACCUGGUGGAACAGUUGGAGCCAUUCUUUUGUGUAUUCCUCCAACCAUAUUGAUCUGCACUGUGUUGGCUCUUUCUACACUUAAGGUAUUUCUUGUAAGUAUUGUUGCUGUGAUGAUUGGAAUUGUGAUGCAGCCUUGUCUAAAGUAUGUGGAGAAAAAGAGAUGGAUCAAGUUCUCUACUAAUUCUAACCUCCCAGUUCUAACAGGAACCCUCAUGCCACAAUGA